AUGAAAGAUAUCCCAAAGUUUUCAGAUAAUGUCAAUAUCGGUAUUCUGGAUAUUGAAAGUGAUACUGUCGGUUCUCCAGCAUCACAAUCUCCUGGAUUUUCUUCAUCUACAAUCAAUUUAAAAAUCAAUUUAAACAGUGAUGAUGGUGGUUCAAAUUUGUCACAACGUUCUAUUGGAUCGAAGAAAGCAAAACUCAAAAGAAAACUUGAUGAAGGUAAUACUUCUGUGGAUAAUUUAGUUUCAUCAAAUGAACAAAUCCUAAAUUUCUUGAAAGAAAGUGCAUCAUCUAGGGAAAAAAAUAAUGAGAUGGUUCUGUUACGCAUGCAAAAUCAAGCAAAAACUUUAGCUCUAAAAGAAAUGGAGGAAUAA